UAAUAAAAAAGAGAAGGGAAUCUCUUCAAAUCUAGCAGCUGUUUCUUCAACCCUUUAAAUCUUUGUACUUCAUCACUCACACUCCAUUUUCACCAAAUCCAAUCCCAAUUCAAUUUCGAUUGAAACCCAGAUUUUUAAUACCCCAUAUUUAUUCAUGGGCGGUAAUUUUCCUUCUUCUUCAAGUUUAUGGCUGGCUGCUAAUCCGAGUAAGAGAUGGGGCGAGCUUUUCUUUCUUUGUUACACUCCAUUUUGGCUCACUCUCUGUUUGGGCAUCGUUGUUCCUUUCAAACUUUACGAGAACUUUACAGAAUUGGAAUAUUUGCUCAUAGGCUUGGUGUCAGCAAUUCCUUCAUUUUUGAUACCAAUGCUAGUUGUUGGGAAGGCUGACAGCAGCUUGCAUUGGAAGGACCGUUAUUGGGUUAAGGCCAGUGUCUGGAUUGUAAUAUUUAGUUACGUCGGGAAUUAUUUUUGGACCCAUUAUUUCUUCACGGUUUUAGGAGCUUCUUAUACCUUCCCAUCUUGGAAAAUGAACGAUGUACCACACACGACUUUCCUUCUCACUCACGUUGUCUUCCUGUUUUACCAUGUUACGUCAAACAUGACACUUCGCAGAUUAAGGCACUCUAUUGCUAGCUUGCCCGAGAAUAUUCAGUUGGCUACUGAGGUGGCAUGGAUUUUGGCCCUUUCUUAUUUCAUAGCAUAUCUCGAGACUUUAGCUAUUUCUAACUUCCCGUACUAUGAUUUUGUGGAUCGUGCGUCUAUGUAUAAAGUGGGAUCUUUGUUUUAUGCUAUAUACUUCAUCGUGAGCUUCCCGAUGUUUCUCAGGAUUGACGAGAAACCCGGUGAUCUAUGGGACUUACCUCGGGUGGCGGUUGAUUCUCUAGGCGCUGCAAUGUUAGUCACAAUAAUACUUGAUUUGUGGCGCAUCUUCCUUGGACCUAUCGUUCCACUAGCCGAUGCAAAACAGUGCAUUCAUCCGGGUCUGCCAUGGUUUGCAGGAAGUGCAAAUGUAGCUUCACAAAACCAAUGUGCGUAAUAAGAUAACUCAGAAUAACUCCUCAUCCGAGUCGGGGACAGUGCUCCGGUCCUGGAUUUCGUGAUUAAUGUUGUAAUUGUAGCUCAACCUUGUAACCCAAGUUAUCGUUGUGGUUUUCCCCGGUGCUCAACAAAAAGUUUCCGGUGACUGGUUGAUGCAUAUUUGGUCAUCGCUCGGUUUGGGAUUAGUUUAUGGAGCUAUCGUGAUUUUGUGUUGCUGUUCCAAUAGCUCUUUUAGUCUUUUUAGUUCUUUGAAAACAAUGUUAGUUCGUUGUAACGGAAGUUCUGCAAACUUAUAAAAGAUUUGUUCAUCCAAAA